AUGGACUCAGAAUAUAGUGAAUCAGAAUACGAUCCGAAUGAUGAGCGUUGGGAUGAUUGGGAGGAAGAAGAGGGAGAUCAACAGGACAUUAAAUGUUUAUUUUGUGAUGAAUUAUUCCCUUUGGCGAACAACUUAUUUGGCCAUACUUCGCGUCAUCACGGAUUUGAUUUUCAAAAAACGCGUACAGAAUUGAAACUCGAUUUUUAUCAAUGCAUUCGCCUGAUAAAUUAUAUUCGCCAGCAGGUUUUGGAAAAAUCCGAAAUUACUAUACCAAAUAUACGAGAGAUCCUCAACGAUGAUGUUUACCUUAAGCCAACACUUGAAGAAGAUCCCUUAUUAUAUGAUCAAAGUAUUGACGUCGAUCCUACCACGCCUUUAGAACAUGAACUUUUAAAAAAGCUUCGUCUUUCAGAGGAACGACUUUUUAACACCGAAGUAAGGCUUAAAACCAUUGAAUCACAAUUCGACGAAUAUCGUAGUAUGGUCAAAGAAUCCUUCUUUGAAGUUUAUUCCGAUUUAGUAAGCGAACGGUCAACAAAAUCUUUAAAAGGAUCAAGCUGUUAUGAAGAUAGGACAAAUUAUUAUUUUAACUCUUAUGCAAAAAACGAUAUUCACGAAGAAAUGUUAAAAGACCGAAUUCGCACUGAAAGUUACCGAGACUUUAUUUAUGAAAAUAAAGAUAUCUUCAAAAACAAGAUUGUACUGGAUGUCGGAUGCGGUACUGGUAUAUUAUCAAUGUUUGCGGCAAAAGCGGGCGCGUCCAAAGUAGAUAUAAUAAUUUCCGAGUGGAUGGGGUAUUUCUUAUUCUUUGAAGCUAUGUUGGACUCGGUGAUAGCAGCGCGUGAUAAAUGGCUGGCACCAGGCGGCAUUCUUGCGCCCAGUCAUUGUCGUCUUUUAUUAACAGCAAUUGAAGAUGAAGAGUUAUUCAAUGACACUUUUAACUUUUGGAAUGAUGUCUACGGGUUUAAAAUGACGGCCAUGAAAUCUCCCAUAAAAACUUCGGUCAUAGUAGAAUAUGUGAAAUCGCAGGCUAUAAUUACAAAUGUCGUGCCUGUUAAGGAUGUGCCCCUACAUACAAUCCAUAAAGUCCAGUUAGAUUUCACGUCUCCAUUUACCUUGGUGUCCACUCGAAAUGGUUAUAUUCAUGGAUUCUUGGGAUAUUUUGACACGUGGUUUACACGUGACGAUCGUGAAAUUCCAUCAUCUCAGAACAUUGAUGAUAAAAUUGAAGGGGUUUUAAGCUUUACCACAGGCCCCCAAGGUGAAGUUACUCAUUGGAGACAAACCAUUUUUUUCUUGGAGCAUAGCAUAAAAGUUGAACAAGGUACAAUAAUUAAUGGAACAAUUGAUUGCAAAAAAAGUAUAGAAAACCCGCGUGAUCUUGAUUUCGAGAUUCGUUAUCAAGUAGUGAAUCAAAAGGAGGAAGAUCCAAAACAACGUAUACAAAAGUUUUAUUUGCGAUAA